AUGGAUGCAUUUGUGGAAACCGUUGGAACAUCUGUGUUGCUACGAAGGCGCGAGAUAUGCUUGACUCAGAGGAUCAUCGACGCUCUUGAGUCCGGUACUGAACAAGCCGAGUACCUGAGUAGCAUGGGAGAUGAUUUCAAAAGUGUUGUGGAACCUAACUUGGAAGGGGAAAACCCCAAGAGGAGAAUAGUGAUGUACCCCAUAGCGGACAGGCCGUUUUCGUUGGUCGUUUGCGUUAUCGCACCGAAGCUGACGGAGGAACGGGUACCAUUAAUCGUCUACGAGGGCUUCUUACGUCUGUUCAGCCAAAUAGACUCUUUGCCGGCACUACUGCAUGUUGUGACGGAGCAAGCAAAGUUGCUCCUGAAGGCCGAACAUUGCUCCGUGAUGCUGAUCGAUGUGGAACACAUGGACCUUUUCGAGGUUCAAUACCCCAGCAACAAUGAAAUGAGGAAUACGCAAACGGUGAAACGACGUGUCAAAAUGGGCGCCGGCAUCACGGGCCUCGUGGUGAGCACCGGCAAGCUUGUCAACGCUAAAAACCCAAAGCAACAUCCCAACUUCGACCCGACCAUAGAUUCGUACCCGGAUAUCGAGUGCAAGUCCCUCUUGGUAUUCCCGAUCCGCGACCAGAGCGGCAUCAUCGGCGUCGUCAGCAUCGCCAAUAGAGCCGGCGCUUCUCACUUCGACGGAAUGGACGAGGAGAUGGCGCUCGCCUUCAGCGUGUACUGCGGCGUCUGCGUCGUACACUCGAUGGUGUACCAGAAGCUGCAGGAGGCGCACAUCAGGAACGCGCUGGCGAACGAGCUGGUCAUGUACCACAUGAAGGUAAGCGAAUCAGAAGUGUCGCGGUUACUGGAGUGCACGGGUUUCCAUGGCAACCCGCACGUCGGCAGUCUGAACUUCAAUCCGCGCGCUCUGCCGCUACGCGAGUUGCCCUGCUACGCACUCAAGAUGUUCGACGACCUCGGUCUGAUAAAGAAGUUCAACCUGAACCGUGUCAAGUUGGCGCGUUUCAUCCUGCACGUGAAGAAGGGCUACCGAGACGUGCCGUACCAUAACUGGCUUCACGCCUUCAGCGUGACCCAGUGGGCUUACGCUGCCCUGGUAAACUACGACCUGGUUGCCAAAGGAUACCUCAACGAUUUGCAAGCGCUAAUGUACCUAAUAGCCUGUCUUGUGCACGAUCUGGACCACCGCGGCACCACGAGCAGAUUCCAGAUAGUGGGGCAGACCCCGCUGGCGGCGUUGUAUUCGAGCGCCGGCAGCGUGUUGGAGCGGCAUCACGCUGCCCAGGCCGCGUGCCUUUUGAACACGCAGGACUGCGACGUGUUGGCGCCCCUGCCACGCGCUCAGUACGACCGAGCUCUACUUCUGCUGCGCGACAACGUGCUCGCAACGGACCUCGCGAACUUCUUUAGGAACCUGGACGAGUACAAGUCUAUCGCGAGCGACUUCCAGCCGUCGAAGCGCGCCCACUCGCAGGCUCUGAGGGCGCUGCUGAUGAACGCGGCGGAUCUCAGCGACCAGCUCAAGGAGUGGGCGGUCGUCAAGAGCACCGCCGCGGCUGUUUUGACGGAGUAUUUCAAGCAGGGCGAGAUGGAGAAAAGUCGGGGCGGGGCUGCUCUGAGUAUUAUGGACCGCGACAAGUGUUUCAUCCCAGAGCUAGAAAAGGAGUUCCUCGUAACUACUUGCGUACCGCUUUACGACAUACUCGCACGCAUAAUACCCAAAGCUCAGCCUUGUUUGAAAGUACUGGAAAGCCACAUUGAGAAAUGGGAUGCGGCGACGCACGUCUUUGCCGAGGAAGUCGGAUCAGAAGUUUCACUUCAACAAGUAAAGUUUACAAACACGGGCACUUUACGCCAGGUGCCAGUUGCUGCCGGCUUAGCAGUCCUCCUCAGCCCCGAGUUGGACACCCUGAUAGAGCAGAGCGCAAUGGAGAUCGAGAGGAAACGCUUGCUCGAAGCCGAGGAAGAACAGGCCAAA